CGAUGAGGCUCGUUCGUUGGGCUUCACAGUGGUAGUGGACAUGCGCGGCUCGACGUGGUCAACGGUGAAGCCCAUUCUGAAGGCGCUGCACGAACACUUUCCGGCCGGGGCCAUUCACCAAGCGCUUAUCGUCAAACCCGAAAAUUUCUGGCAGAAACAGAGGACCUCGCUCGGAUCACACAAGUACAAAUUCGAGACAAAUAUGAUAAGUAUAGAAGCCUUGCCAAAAAUAAUAGAUAGUACCCAACUAACCUCCGACCUAGAUGGAACCUUACCUUAUGAUCACUCUAGCUGGUUAGAAACUAGAUUGGCUGUGGAGGAAUUCGCCUGGCAAGCUGCCGAUCUUCUGGAUAGGUUAGACGACCUACAGGAGGACCUUGCCAGGAACGAUUUCGCAGAUGAUGUCUCAGGUGCUAAGCAUAAGAUCGACCUGCACAAUGAAAUGAAAAAGCAGAUCAUGAAGGCUCCUGUUGAAGACAUUGACUUAUUAGGUGAGGAAAUUGAUAAGCCUCUUGUGCAACCCGAAAAUAUUUCUACAGGGUCCGUCAGAAAGAACGCAUGUUUUUUAAAUGAGUAGUACAGUCAAAAUAAGUAUGGG